CAACCCUCGGCCACUGGUUCUACCAGUAAGGUUAGUUAAUAGUUACUUGUUAAAAAUGUAUGUUUUCCCCUAGCGAUUUAGCUUGCACACUAAAGGAAACAAUAUGGGUCAUUUUCAAAUGAGCUGAAAACGUGCAGAAUCGUAUUGAGUUAGACUACUUCUAAGACCCGAUUGGAGAAGGGCUCUUCCAGUGGAGCAGCCUGGAGUGAGUGACCAACCAUGGGCCGUCUGGACGAUGCUGCCAAGCGCAAGGUGGUGGAGCUGCGGCAGGCGGGUCUGAGCUUCCGGAAGAUCAAGGCGGUGCUGGAGCUGGAGAACAUCCGGGUGUCUGCCCAGGCCAUUUACCUGUACCUCAAGGAGUUCCAGAGGAAGAAGGUUCAGAGGGGUGGUGAAAGUGCUGCAGCCACAGACCCACAGAUCACACCUGGGGUUGGAGCAGGGAGGGGAGAUGGUGGAAGCCGGGAGGGCUGGAACGACCAGCAAAUACGGAAUCUACUGAGGGAGGCGUCACGCCACGCAGGCUAUGUUGCAGCGUCAGAGUUCGCCAAGCAGUGUCCUGGCUCCAAUCCUCCUGAGGUCAGGGGUCAGGGGCCGUCUGGGACAGGAAGCGAAGGCGCCAGCAGAGGACAGAGCAACAGGACAGAGAAACCGGAGGAAGGGAACAAGAAGGAGGAUGAGGAUAAGGACAUCCAGAUUGUCAGUGUCACAUCAUUGGCUCAGAACUCUCAACAGAGGGGUCUUCCAACCGCAGGGGCAGCGGCUGUGACUGUGACAGGCGCCUACAUGCGUAAGAGAGCCACGCCCUCGCCAGCUACUAACCCCAUACUGGCAGCACGCAAAAGGCUUCUGGAUAAGGCUUUGUCUCAUAGAGCAAAGAAGUGUAGCAGAAACAGACUGAUAAGAGACUCUUCUUAUCAGUCCUACCAGCAAGUAGCAGCUCUGCUGAGAAGAGAACAGUCUAAUGCUUCUGGUUCUGAUGUUCAGAGACCUGUGGCAGCAGAUCAACCACAGUCCUAUGACCCAGUCACUCAGAGGCUUACUCAAGUGAGGAAUUUGGAUGGCCAGCAAGGAGGCAGUGUUCCCAGACAGAUGUUCCAGCAGAGAGUCGGUGGCCAAGCUGUCCGCUCCCCCACACCCUACUCCUCCCCGUGUGGGCAUCCGGCUCCCCAACCCCCCACCACCACCCACCUCCCAGGGUAGUAGCCCUGUCAUCCGCCUCCAAAGCCCUGGGAGCCAGGGCAUGAACCAGGGCCUUCUCAGGAGAGACAGGAACCCCAGCCCCCAGCAGGCAGCUCACCAGGAGGCUGGAGGGAGA